AGCCACUAAACGUACGUGGUCUCUUAAAGAAGCCACAUAUAAUAUCUCCAUCCAACAAGAAAAGAAGAUACCAGUCAAGACUCUAUACCUUUUUCUCUCAUCCUUAAAUAAUCUGAUGAAUAACUUCGGGAUUUUCAACAAUGUACACCUAUACUCGCACGUACAAAGAGAUCUUUAGCUAUAUAUAUACCUAUAAUGUUUCUCUAAUUAGUUCCUUGACACCUAAUAAGUAAGACGAUCAAAAGACGACGACUAACGUACGAGCAAGAUCAAAUCUGUUGGAGCUCUAAUUGAGGUAGAUAUGGGAGGAGCUGACUGGGGACCGGUGGCAGUUGCGGUAGUGCUGUUCGUAGUGUUAUCGCCGGGGCUUCUCUUUCAGUUGCCGGCGAGGAGGAGAGUGUUGGAGUGUGGCAACAUGACCACAAGCGGCAUCUCAAUAUUGGUUCAUGCCAUUCUCUUCUUUGCUGUUAUCACCAUUUUGGUCAUUGCCAUUCAAAUUCACAUUCACAUCUAAUUAUAAACACCUGCAUGCUUAUAGUAUCUCCUUGUUAUAAUAUAUGUAUCCUCUCUUUUUAAUUUUUCUUUUUAUUUUUUUUUGAAUUGAAUGUAUAGCUAAUUUAUUCAAACCAAAGAAACUGUUUUAAAAUAACUGUGGCAUUAGCUAGCUAGCUAGAGAGCUGAAACAGUCGGAAGCUCUCACAGGGCCAUUCAAGUACCAAUGAACUUACGUGGGAAUUAUAUAAACACCUACUUAACUUAUGUUUGUAAUAUCCUUGUUGAUGUUGUUUAUUUUUAAAAAAUGAAUUGAAUGUA